AUAUCAUAUUAGUGCUAUUCUUUUUAUAUGUUUACACAACAGUGGUGUGGUUUGUAUUCUUAAUCUUAUUUCUAUUUUUUUGUUUCUAUUAAGUGGAGUGAAUGGUGGUGUGGUCGUGGCCGCCCACGGCGAGGCAGGUGGCGGUGAGUGGCGGCGUGUUUGUCGCCGGCGCUUCCUUGUUCGCCGUCGGAGCUUAUUUCUCGUUUCUUAACGUGGCUCCUCAGCAGGAGCGCGUGAAGGCUCGCAGGGAAGUGCUCAGGAAUUAUAUCAAGAAGCGAUUCGAAGAUUGAAAGGCUAGUUUUCCAUUCUCCUUAAUUCUGAAAAUUCCUUUUUUCUUUGUAAUUGAUUCUAUGUAUUCAUUGUUAUGUCAGCUUUAGGUUGUUGCCUAAAUUUUGAAUAGAAUCAAGAUAGAAGGUUUGAUUGUGAAUAAGUGAAAAUUUGAAGAACUCAAUUGACUUAAUUGGAACUUAAUAUAUCAAAAUCGGAUAAGCAAGUUGAAUUGGUGCUUAAUAUAUGCAAUUGCGCUUGUUAAUUAUAAGAA